AUGACCAAUUUUGGGCUCGUUUCAGCGCCCGAAGAGGUCGAAUCGUCAGAGGCGGGCGGUAGCAACUCCUCGCAGGCUAGCCCCGCAGCAUUCCGCAUACCACUGCCAGCUACCGAAGAGCCAGAUGUCGACCAUCCCAACAGACCCACGCAGAGGCGUUUGAUGCCUCGAGCUAGCGAAUCUAUGCUCAGGCAACGCACGGACAGUACCAUAAGUGCUACGAGCUCGGCCACGAGCAGUAGCAUCGUCCCAGGCGCACCACCAAGGGUCAAGCGUGUACCCGUCCAAGCUCUUAGUCAUUUUCCCCCUCCAGCUCCUUCUGGCAGCAAAGGCACAGCACGAGGCCCGCUGGAAGGCUCGGACGAAGCCAGCGCAGGCUCCACGUUCGAGGAGCCUGAGGACAUUGCCCCAGGCGAAAGCGGCGUGGACGACCUGUUGAGGUUAGCAGAGAAGGCUAGGAUGCUCGGUGACAAUGGUCGAGAAGACAGCUUCAACAGCACUGCGGGAUCUCAAGCUGAAGCAGCCGAUGAGAAUUCAAGUGCGAACCUCAAUAGUCAAUCUCCCGGAGCGCUUCAUGCCGAGAGCGGCAGCAGUGUGACCUCAUCACUGCGAAUGAGCGGCGCGAACGAGUGGAAACCCAACAAGUGGACGUUUGGAGCUUCGCGCGCCGGGGCAAACGAAAUAGAAGGGCGUGCCUCCAAACCUCCGAGCCAGACGUCGGGACUCUCCGCUCCAUCCUUUGAAAACACUUCUUCCAUUGCCUUGCGAACGAGCAAUGCCGGAUACAACGGAUGGAACGACGCGCCAGAGCCAUCCUUGAAGGCGCACACCUCGGGAAAAGUAGCGCAUGCGUACGGGGGCAAAGGUGGCAAGAACAAAAGGGUGUAUGCUCCUCUGAUCCCCGGCAAUUCGGUGCUGGACGAUCUGGCCGCUGGAUUGCCUCCUAAUCCUGGUCCUGCAAGCAACUGGGCUAGGCCUAUCAGUGACAGCGUGCCAAUGCCCGGCUCUGGACCUGCAGGCGGAACGAAUCAGGGAAGCUCUUCUGCUGCAAGGAAGGGAAGACCGCCGCUGCGAGGGGUUCAGGGUGGUGAGCCUGCUCGCGCUACGCAGGGUGGGUCAAGCACAUCGAGUGCGGGCUGGGGCCAGCUCUUCAGCGACACGCUGCGAGGGCGUAUCAAGCUGGAAGAAGCAUUGGAGAGGGGGUAUCAAGAAGUGGCAGCAUCGUUCGAAGGGGCUCAUACAAACGCAACGUCCACUUCUCAAGCAGGAGCAACAGGAAGCGUUAGAGGUAGGCAUCCUCAUACGCAGCCUCAUUUGGCCGCUUCUCCACCCGAAAGACCUUCCGCAGAGUUGGCACGCCAGACCUUGGGCAGAUCCGCCCCCGUACCUGAUCUGCCAGCCUCGAACGGAGGUAGCACUGCAGGCGGAUCUGGCGCAGAUUGUGCGGACCCGCACGAACUCGAAAGGCUGCACAGUUGGGGAAGAGGUCCACCUGGCACUGUCGAUCCUGCCGCAUCUGGAUCUGCAGAGAUGCUCCCGACACCAAGCGGCACACGCCAAGAUCCGAUGAGCUCGGCUUCUACACGGGCUCUUUCUGCUUCUUCGAGAGGUGCUGCUAGGAGGCGAGGGGUGAAGGAUAUCGACUGGACGAGCACUUGA